ACUUACCGUUAAACGCAAGAUUGCUCCUCCUACCCUACCGAUAAUCUUAGUACUAUACAUCCCAAUCAACCUAGUCUCACCUCCAGACAAAACCAAACCAAAACCUACAUAAAAUAGUAUCCCCCCCCCUCCUCCCUUCGUCUUAUCUUAAUCACUCGCUUUUGAAGAUGGCAGCCCCCCCUGAGAUCGUCCCCCUCAAGACGGACCCGAAAUAUGACGACUACGACUUCCCAACCGUCUCCGCCACGAACCAGCCUGGGCAUGCUGGACACCUCACGCCGCAGCAGGAGGCGCAGGUCUACCAAUUGAGGAUGUCGUUGGAGCAGAAGGGAUUUACGGAGCGUUUGGAUACUUUGACUCUGUUGAGAUUCUUGCGUGCACGGAAGUUCGAUGUUGCGCUCGCGGAGCUGAUGUUCGUUAACAGCGAGGCCUGGAGGAAGGAGAUUAACCUCGACCACCUGGUCCAGAACUUCGAGUACACCGAGAAGGCCCAGAUCUUCGAAUACUACCCACAAUACUACCACAAGACCGACAGGGAUGGACGCCCCGUCUACAUCGAACAACUAGGCAAGUGCGACCUAACCGCCAUGAACAAAAUCACCACCCAAGAGCGCAUGCUUCAAAACCUUGCCGUCGAGUACGAGAAAGUGUCCGACCCCCGCCUCCCCGCCUGCUCCCGCAAGUCGAGCCACCUCCUCGAAACCUGCUGCACAAUCAUGGACCUCAAGGGCGUCGGGCUCGCCAAGAUCUCCUCUGUCUACGGCUACGUCAAGGAGGCCUCCGCCAUGUCGCAGAACCACUACCCCGAGCGCCUCGGCAGACUCUACCUCAUCAACGCCCCGUGGGGAUUUAGCUCCGUCUUCGGCAUGAUCAAGUCCUUCCUCGACCCCGUCACCGUCGAGAAGAUCCACGUUCUUGGUAGCGGAUACCAGAGCCAGCUGCUCGCACAGGUUCCGGCUGAGAACCUGCCCGAGCAGUUCGGUGGAUCCUGCGAUUGCGAGGGCGGAUGCGGGUUCAGCGAUGCGGGACCGUGGAGUGAGCCGGAGUUCUAUAGGUCGCCGAAGUGGGCGAAGAAGCGCGGUGAGGAGAAGAAGGAGGAUGCUGUCAUUGAUAAUACGGAGGGCAAGGGCGAGACUGUGACUGCUACUACUACGGCCCCGAUCCCUGAGCCGGGCGGUGUGGCGGCGGACCUCCGGGCAAAGCAGUAUACGGACCAUGGAAUUACCCCCGCUUGAGGAUUGGGUGAUGACGACCGAGAAAUGGGAGCGUAUAAAGCGCGGUAGAACAUAACGAGAUUACGAUGGGGUCUCGAUGGGAAGACGGAAGAAAUUCAACAUGAGAGUGCAAGCAUAGAAUGCUAGUCGAGAGCUCGCUGUUUUUUGUUUGUAGAGGUUCGAGGUCAGAUGAAUGCGGUGUUGUUGAUCCUUGGCCUUUGCCUGUCUUUUGUUGUAUCUAUGGGCGUAAUAUACAGAAUUCCACACGUAGUUGAAGGAGGUGAAAUCCUUACUCUCAUAUUAGCG